AUGGACGCGAUAGUGCGUGCAGCAUCUCGGCUCCGGAUUCCAGCACACUUGGAGGCAUUCAUCGCGCCCUCGUAUCCGGUAACGACCCCAGCGGACACAGACUCGUAUUUCGAUGCGACGUACUACAACAAGGGCCCCAAGGACCUCUUGUUCGUCGGCACAUGGGUCCUCUUGCUCGCAAUUGUCGAGAAGCCCUUAUGCGAGGCUUCUUUAUGCCCCUUGCCCGCUGGAGAUUCGACUCGCUCGCACGCGCCAAGCAGAACAGACGCGCCACUAAACGCGAUCCACCCUCGGCCGGGACAAGCUCGCCAAGCACCAUCCCUCGGUCCCGGCCAGACUAAAAAAGCACGAGAUGCCAAGCUGCGUGAGCGCAAGGUUGUGCGUUUUGCCGAACAGGGCUGGAGUUUGGCCUACUAUGCGGUCUUUUGGGCCUUUGGCAUGGGCAUUUAUAUCAAUCUGCCGUGCUUCUUGCUUCAGACUAAACACUUUUGGGUCAACUACCCUGUCCGAUUUCUUCCUGGUCCCAUCAAGUUUUAUUAUCUGUGCCAGCUCGCAUGCUGGGUACACCAACUGAUCGUCCUCAAUAUCGAGGAGCGCAGGAAAGAUCACUUUCAAAUGCUCGCCCAUCAUAUCAUCACCAUCGCACUUAUUACAGGCAGCUACAUCAGCCAUUUCACACGAAUCGGGAUUGCCGUCUUGGUCAUUAUGGAUUUCUGCGAUAUCAUUUUGCCCCUCGCCAAGAUGCUUCUGUACCUCGAGCUCCCGUCGGUCUUGCCAGACACUGUAUUCGGUCUGUUUGUCGUCUCUUGGCUCGUCACUCGUCAGGGCGCAUUCACCCUUGUUACCUAUGGAUGGUCGGUUUUGGUCCAAGUAUACGUACUACGGGUUUUGCACCUUUUUGCUCGCAUUGUUGGCCCUUCUCUGGGCCUGGUUCUGGAUGAUCUGUCGGUUGCGUUUAAUGUCCUUCGCGGGAAGCCGGCGGAAGAUACGAGGAGCGAUGAAGAAGACGCUGGAUCUUCAUCAUCCGCGACCCUGGCUCCCAACUCCAACUCCAACACCGACUCGGAUUCCGACACCUUGGCAGGUUCUCAAUCCCCCACACCCCCAAAAGUAUUCAAGAAACAAUAG